UCACCCGGUAACUAAUGCGAUUGAUGGAACCGAGCGCUGGUGGCAAAGUCCUCCUCUGUCUAUGGGCUUAAAGUACAACGAAGUCAAUGUCACUUUAGAUCUGGGACAGCUCUUCCAUGUUGCCUACAUCCUUAUCAAGUUUGCAAAUUCUCCUCGCCCAGAUCUCUGGAUUUUAGAAAGAUCAGUGGAUUUUGGAAGAAGUUACACUCCCUGGCAAUAUUUUGCUCACUCCAAAGCAGAUUGUUUGGAACAUUUUGGAAAGGAAGCUAAUGUUCCUGUGAGGAGGGACAGUGAUAUCAUUUGCACUACAGAGUAUUCUCGCAUUGUGCCUCUUGAAAAUGGAGAGAUUGUAGUAUCCUUGGUAAAUGGCCGUCCAGGAGCAAAAAACUUCACUUACUCCCCUAGUCUUAGAGAAUUCACAAAAGCAACAAACAUCCGCCUUCGUUUUCUCAGAACCAAUACGCUUCUUGGACACUUGAUAUCAAAAGCUCAACGGGACCCAACUGUAACCCGCAGGUAUUACUACAGUAUAAAGGACAUCAGUAUUGGUGGUCGAUGUGUUUGCCAUGGCCAUGCUGAUGUGUGUAAUGCAAAGAAUGCUGAAAACCAAUACCAGUUUCAGUGCGAAUGUCAGCAUAAUACUUGUGGGGAAACCUGUGAUCACUGCUGCCCUGGAUAUAAUCAGAAACAGUGGCAACCUGCAACAGCUGGGAGCACAAAUAUGUGUGAACCCUGCAAUUGCUAUGGACAUGCCACUGGUUGCUACUAUGACGCUGAUGUGGAUCAACGUCAAGAAAGCUUAAACAUCUAUGGGCAUUACGAAGGUGGAGGAGUCUGCAUUAACUGCCAGCAUAACACAGCUGGUGUUAACUGUGAGAAAUGUGCAAAAGGUUACUAUCGUCCUUAUGGUGUUCCAGUGAGGGCUCAUGAUGGCUGUAUACCUUGCAGUUGUAACUUGGAGUACGCAGAGGGCUGUGAGGAAGGGUCUGGCCACUGUUACUGUAAGCAGAAUUUCCAGGGAGAAAGCUGUGAGCAAUGUGCAGAUGGAUUCUAUGGUUUUCCGUUUUGUAUCCGUGUUCCUGUUUAUCCUUUUACUUCUCCAAAUCCAAGAGAUGCUAUGGCUGGUGACAUAAUAGAAUGUAACUGUGAUGCUCUUGGCUCUGUGGCCAAUACAUGUGGUCCUAGAGGUCAGUGUCUGUGCCAUAGUAACUAUGCUGGACUUAGGUGCGAUCAGUGCGCUCCAGGUUAUUACAGCUAUCCCAGCUGCUUGCCUUGUCAGUGUUCUCCUCGUGGUUCCCAUCACAGCACGUGUGAGCCAACAGCAGGGCAGUGUGAAUGUCAAACAGGCGUUACGGGGCGACAGUGUGACAGAUGCCUUUCUGGAGCCUACAGCUUCCCCUAUUGUGAAGGAGUCAGCAGUGAAUGUGACCCUUCAGGCAGCUUUGGGUCUGAUUUUGGCUAUUGUCAAUGUCUUCAGCAUGUUGAAGGUCCUACCUGUAGUAAAUGCAAACCUUUGUACUGGAACCUGGCCAAAGAAAACCCUGAGGGAUGUACAGCAUGCCAGUGUGAUGUGAGUGGAACAUUAAGUGGGGUUGGAGAGUGUCAGCAGGAAAAUGGACACUGUUAUUGCAAACCUAGUGUUUGCGGAGAUUUUUGUGACACUUGUGAAGCUGGUUAUUAUGCUUUGGAAAACAAGAAUUAUUUUGGCUGCCGAGGCUGUCAAUGUGAUGUUGGAGGAUCCAUCAGUUCUGUGUGUGCUGAACCCUCGGGUGCCUGCCAGUGCAGAGAACACAUUGUGGGAACGGCCUGUCAGGAGCCUGAAAAAAACUUCUUUUUCCCUGAUCUGCACCACAUUAAGUUUGAGAUUGAAGAUGGUACUACUGUCGAAGGAAGAGGAAUUCGGUUUGGUUAUGAUCCUAAGGAAUUUCCUGGCUUCAGUUGGAGAGGAUAUGCCCGGAUGUCCUCUAUACAAAACGAAGUGAGGAUAACUUUGAAUGUGGAAAAAUCAAACCUCUACUUAUUUCGCAUUAUCCUGAGAUAUAUUAACUCCGGAGAUGCAACAUUAUCUGGCCGCAUAUCUGCUUGUCAAUCUUGGCCUGAAACAGGGUCUGCUCAGAGCAAAGAAUUUGUCUUCCCACCCAGCAAGGAGCCAGCUUUUGUCACAAUCCCAGGAAAAAGCUUCACAGAACCUUUCUCACUGGUUCCAGGCACAUGGAUUGUCAGUAUAAUGGCAGAGGAAGUCCUCUUGGAUUAUAUGGUGCUGUUACCUAGUGAUUAUUAUGAAGCAUCCAUCUUGCAGUUACAAGUUACUGAACCUUGCACCUAUUCAGGACGUGCUUCGACAGAGAACUGCUUGCUUUAUCAGCAUUUGCCAUUGAGCAGAUUCUCCUGUGUCCUUGGUUCAGAAGCAGCAUAUUUCACAAAUGGGGGAGAAUACAGAAAAAUACCUGUUCGACAGCCAACUCCUGAUCAUCCAGUGAUGUCCCAUAUCAGCGGAAGAGAGGUCAGUUUUCAGAUGACCAUAAAUGUUCCUCAAGUCAGUCGCUACGUUCUGGUUUUUGAAUAUGCCAAUGAAGAGGAUCAGUUAUACACUGCUGAGGUGAUAAUAAAUAGUCCUGGACCUGUCACCGAAGGCAGACUGAACAUAUACAGUUGCAAAUACAGUUUCCUUUGUCGCAGUGUGGUAGUUGAUGAUAGGAAUCGCAUUGCAGCCUAUGACCUUCUAGCGGAUACAAAGAUACAUCUCAAGGCAUCAUCAAUUAAUUUUCUUCUGCAUAAAGUUUGUAUUAUAUCAACUGAAGAAUUUUCUCUAGAAUAUGUGGAGCCUAAAAUACACUGCAUAGCUGCUUACCAGAGUACCCAUGACAGAAGUGCAACAUGCGUUCCCUCAGUAUAUGAAACUCCUCCAGUGACUUUGGUUUUGGAUGCAUUCAGGGAUGGAAAAAUUUCCGAAGUGCAGAGAAGUAUACUGUAUGAUCCCCUGAGCGCCCCUUUACCUUCUCGCUCAGUUAAUGGAGUCACCUUGACACCGUUACAGAUCACCUUGAGUGGGAGAGUGCCCCGCUUGGGCAGAUAUGUAUUUGUGGUACAUUUUUAUCAGCCAGCACACCCAGUGUUUCCUGUACAAGUGCAUGUGGAUGCAGGACACGUGUGGUCAGGCUCUUUCAGUGCUUCAUUUUGCCCCCAUACAUCUGGCUGUCGGGAUCAAGUAAUUGCAGAAAGCCAAAUUGAGCUUGAUGUUUCUGAACCUGAGGUCUCUGUUACAGUAACGAUACCUGAUGGAAAAAUGCUUGUUCUGGAAAAUGUCUUAGUUGUUCCAGCAGACAACUACAGUUACAAAAUUCUUGAAAAAAAGACUGUGGACAAGUCAUUGGAUUUUAUCAGCCACUGUGGAGGAAACAGUUUUUAUAUUGACCCAGAAGAAUCAUCGACCUUCUGUAAGGAUUCUGUGAGAUCGCUAGUGGCUUUCUACAAUAAUGGAGCAGUGCCGUGUAACUGCCAUAGAGCGGGUGCCACAAGCCCUACCUGCAACCCCGUGGGAGGACAGUGUAUUUGCAGACCGAAUGUCAUUGGUCGUCGAUGUAGUCGAUGCCAAACUGGCUACUAUGGAUUUCCGUUCUGCAAGUUAUGCAACUGUGGCCAGCGUCUUUGCGAUGACGUAACUGGUAAAUGCAUUUGUCCUCCUCAAACGGUGAAACCAAAAUGUGAAGUGUGCAAGGAACAUUAUUUCAGCUAUCACCCUCUUGUUGGCUGUGAAAACUGCAACUGCUCAGGCAGAGGAGUUGUGAAUAUGACAAGUCCAGAAUGUGAUAAAAACAACGGGCAAUGCAAAUGCAAACCAGGAAUAAAAGGACGACAGUGUGAUCAGUGUGGUCCUGGUACUUACGGUUUCCCAAACUGCGUUCCGUGUAAUUGCAACAGAGGUGGAACGAAGCCAGAUGUUUGUGAUCCCCAGACAGGAAUUUGUCUCUGCAAGGAGAACGUUGAAGGUGCAGAAUGUGAUAUGUGCCGACCAGGAUCAUUUUAUCUGGACCCUUCUAAUCCCAAAGGAUGCACCUCUUGCUUUUGUUUUGGGGUAACCAGCAACUGUCGCAGCACAAAUCAUCGCAGAACCAAGUUUGUGGACAUGAGGAACUGGCGCUUGGAGACAGUGAAUAAAAACAUUGACAUUCCAGUAACCUUCAAUCCAGUCAGUAAUAGCGUAGUGGCUGAUGUUCAAGAAUUGCCUGCUUCAGUGCGUAGUUUGUACUGGAAGGCACCACCAUCUUACCUGGGAGAGAAGCUUUCUUCAUACGGUGGCUACCUAAGUUACCAAGUGAAAUCAUUUGGCUUGCCUAGUGAAGGCAUGGUUCUUCUGGAUAAGAGACCUGAUAUACAACUGAUAGGCCAGCAAAUGGAAGUAGUUUAUGUGGAUCCUAACAACCCACUGCCUGACCGUCAAUAUUAUGGCCGUGUACAACUGGUUGAGGGAAACUUCAGACAUUCCAGCAGCAAUAACCUUGUAUCCAGAGAAGAACUGAUGGUGAUCCUGUCUAGACUAGAUGGCUUACGCAUCAGAGGCCUUUACUUCACGGAGACUCAGCGGUUAACCCUUGGUGAGGUUGGGCUGGAAGAGGCCACCAACACAGGAAGUGGCAGUGUUGCAUACAAUGUAGAGACAUGCUCCUGCCCUCCUGAGUAUGCUGGUGACUCAUGUCAGGAAUGUGGCCUUGGAUUUUAUCGUGAGAAUAAAGGAUUAUUUACUGGACGCUGUGUUCCCUGCAACUGCAAUGGAAAUUCAAAUAGAUGUCAGGAUGGUUCUGGAAAAUGUAUUAACUGUCAGUAUAAUACUGCUGGGGAUAAAUGUGAACGCUGUAAAGAUGGUUAUUUUGGAGAUGCCACUCAAGGUUCCUGUCGGACAUGUCCUUGCCCUUAUACAAACAGAUUUGCAACUGGCUGUGUGGCAAACGGCGAAGAAAUUCGGUGUCUAUGCAAAGAAGGCUAUACUGGAGUUCGUUGUGAACGCUGUGCUCCUGGAUAUUUUGGAAAUCCACAAAAAUAUGGAGGCUACUGUCAAAAAUGUAAUUGUAAUAAUAAUGGCCAGCUGGUUAGCUGUGACCACCUGACUGGAGAAUGUUUAAAUAAUGAACCAAAAGAUGUGGAUCCUGAUGAAGAUUGUGAUUCUUGCGAUUGCUGUGUAAUUACAUUGCUGAAGGAUUUGAGCACAAUCGGUGAUGAGCUUCAGCUGCUUAAGUCUCAGCUGCAAAAUGUCCAUGCGAGUACCCACACACUGGAGCAGAUGAGACAUUUGGAAACACGCAUCAAGGACCUAAAGGGCUUGUUGAACAAUUACCGUUCUGUUGUUCAUAAUCAGGGUUCAAAGGUAGAUGAGUUGGAGACAGACUUCAUUAACCUAAAUCAUGACGUAAAUGCUCUCCAGGAAAAGGCUGAAAUGAACUACAAGACAGCAGAGAGUUUAUUUAAUAAUUUUGGCGAAACUAAUCAGAAAGGAAAGGAUUUGAUUUCAAGAAUACAAAUAGUUGUCAAUAAUAUACAAGUGCUCUUAGAACAAAUAGCUGGUACAAAUGCAGAAGGUAACAAUUUGCCCUUGGGGGAUGCUGCCAAAGAACUCGCUGAAGCUCAACGCAUGAUGACAGAGAUGCGAAACCGCAACUUUGGCCAACUGCUAACAGAUGCAGAAGAGGAGAGAAGAGAAGCUCAGCUGCUACUGGCACAUGUUAAGAAUGAACUACAAAAGUACCACCAAGAAAAUCAUGGGCUUGUUAAAAUUGUGAGGGAUUCAUUGAAUGAAUACGAAUCUAAACUCACUGACCUUCGUGAAGCUCUGAAUGAGGCCACUGGACUAAUCAAGCAGGCUGAAAAUGUAAACAGAGAUAACGGAGUUCUGUUGGAAGACAUUAAGAAACGGAUUGAUGAGACAAGUGUACAACAGAACAAUAUCUUGGAUAUUCUGAGCUCUGCCCAAUCUUCCCUAACACAAGCUAACAGUGUACUUGGAUUAUUGCAGAAGAGCAAAGAGGAAUAUGAAAGUCUGGCUGCUCAGCUCGAUGGAGCAAGGAAGGAUCUGAAUGAAAAGCUCACGAACGGUUCCUUGUCAGCCAGCAAAGAACCUCUGGUGGUGAGGGCUGAGGAUCAUGCCAAAUCUUUGCAAGCCUUGGCAAAACAAUUGGAUGAGAUAAAGAACAAUGCCAGAAAGGAUGAGUUGGUAAGCUGCGCUGUGGAAGCUUCUACUGCCUAUGACAACAUUGUCAACGCCAUCAAAGCAGCAGAGGAAGCAGCCAACAGAGCUGGGAACGCAGCUGACUCAGCUUUAUUGACAGUGAAGAGAGAAGACCUAUCAGGAAAAGCUGCAAGGUUAAAAGCUGAGAGCAGUGCGCUUUUGACUCAAGCACAAGAGACUGAAAGGACAUUACAAGUUAUUGUUCCAGACCUUGAAGACAUAAAUCAAAGAGUUGGUGUUGUUGAUGGACAGAAGGAUGAACUACAAAUUGAUUUUGUUACUCUUCAAAAUAAUCUCAAUGGGAUAAACAGAGAUGAUAUUGACAGCAAAAUCACCAAUGCAAAGAGCAUGGUAAAAAGUGCCGAGGAUGUCACAACUAAUGUGUUGGGUGAACUGCUCCCAAUUCAAGCAGAUGUGGAAAAAAUUAAGAGUACCUAUGGAAGCACACAGAGUGCUGACUUCAGGAAAGUGUUGACAGAGGCAAACAAUUCAGUAACAAUAUUGACAAACACACUUCCGGAUCUGUUCAGCAAGAUUGCGAGUAUUAACCAACAGCUGAUGCCAAUAAGUAACAUCUCUGAGAAUGUGAAUCGCAUAAGAGAGCUUAUUCAGCAAGCAAGAGAUGCUGCAAACAAGGUUGCUAUUCCUAUGCGGUUCAAUGGCAGCUCUGGAGUAGAAGUUCGACCUCCAAGGAACCUUGAGGAUUUGAAAGGCUAUACUUCACUUUCUUUCUUUCUCCAAAGACCUCAUAAAAGAUCAGAUAUCCUCCAGAGGGCACCAAAUAUGUUUGUCCUGUACCUGGGUAAUAAAGAUGCUUCCCAGGACUACAUCGGUAUGGCCCUGAAACGUGGUCGCCUCACUUGCAUCUCUAACCUGGGAGGCACCGAAACAGAAAUAAACGUGGAACAAUUGGUGACUGAGAGCAACACUGAGGAAGCCGUUUUGGACCAAGUUAAGUUUGAAAGGAUUUACCAGUAUGUGAAGCUGACUUACAUCACAGCAGCUACAUCAACUUCUCCAGCGUAUACAAAUCUUUCAAAUGAUGGCAGAGGAAAUGGUCACACUCUCCUGAAUCUUGAUCCCAGCAAUGCUGUCUUUUAUGUUGGAGGAUAUCCACCAGAUUUUAGGCCUCCACAUAAGCUAGACUAUCCUCAUUAUGAAGGCUGCAUUGAAUUAGACAAUAUAAAUGAGAAUAUUAUCAGCCUGUACAACUUCAAGAGGACAUUUAAUCUUAAUACCACUGAAGUGCAGCCAUGCAGAAGGUAUAAAGAAGAGUCUGACCAAACCUAUUUUGAAGGCACUGGUUAUGCCAGUGUCACAUCUAAAGAAACAUACAUAACAGCACGCUAUGAACAGACAAUUCUGACUACUGCAGAUGAAGGCCUAGUGUUUUUUGCAGCAAAUGAGGAUCAGUUCAUCAGUGUACUCAUUAAAAACGGUCAUCCAGUUUUUAGAUACAAAAUUGACUCUGAACCUCCAAAGGAAAUAGAAAACAGUAAAACUGUAAAUGAUGGAGAACAAAAACAAAUUGCUUUGUUGCUUGCCAGACAGAAGAAUAUUGUUUAUGUCAGUGUUGGUAUUAAUGCCACCAUAAAUAUCUUCAAUUUCACUAAGUACUACCUGGGUGGAAUUCCAUCUUCUCUACGGGAACACUUUAAUAUAUCCACACCUCCAUUCCGGGGCUGCAUGAUGAAUCUGAAAAACCCUAAAACGGCAUCUGUUAUUUUUGAUGAGACUGUUGGUGUCAGCAAGAAAUGUUCAGACCACUGGAGGAUUGUCAGAUCUGCAGCUUUCUCCAGGGAGGGAACACUGAGCCUGAGUCCGGCAGGUUUCCCAUUUCCCAAGGACUUCCAAGUGAGCUUUGGUUUUCGCACCAUGGCAUCAACUGGAACACUCUUAAGUUACAAUCCUAAUAUUCUUCUUAUCUUCCUGAGACCUGGCUCUGUAGUUGUAAGGAUGGGAGAGAUGGAAAACAAACUGAACAAGAAAUAUGAAGACGGGUCAAUGCAUUAUGUGACAGUCAUAAAAAAUGAUGACAUACUCAGACUGAUGGUUGAUGAUGAGCCUGUGUCAAUGACAGUUGACUCUCCAGGACCACAGACAUUAAUCCAGCCUAUAAGAUUUGGUGGAGAUGAUUUUGAAGGUUGCAUCUCAAACAUCUUUAUAGAAAGGGCAGGUCAGCUCCCUGAGGUUCAAAAUCUAGUUAACUACACUAGGAAGACUGGUGUGUCUCUUGGAGCUUGCCGCCAAUACACAAACCCUGAACCAAUGCUGCUGAAAGAAUUCAAAAAUCCCCUCAGGUCUAAGAUGCUCAAGUUACAGAAUGAAAAAUACGUUGACUAUCUAAUAGAUGCCGAAGUGCAGCAGGACCAGCAAAACCGUGCUUUACCAGCUCAGUUAAAUGUCAGCAGUGGAGCAUACCUGUUUGGAAACAAUCCCAACAGUUUUAUGUCAUACACAUUUUCCCCACUAUCCCCUACAGACAGGGUACAUUUUUCUGUAGACGUACGGACUCAGUCAUCAAGAGGAUUAAUAUUUUUCGUGGAGGAAAGAUUUGAGAACUAUUACAUGGCUCUCCACCUUUCAAAAGGACGUUUUGUCUUUUCACUUGGUUCUGGAGAAAAACGAAUCAAAAUCAAAACCAAUACUAAAUACAAUGAUGGGCAGUGGCACACUGUGGUAUUCAGUAGAGAUGGGAAAAAUAUCCGUCUUCUUGUUGAUGGUCUAAGGGCCCAGCAUGGAAGAUUAGCAACAAAUUCUGCCAUCAGCAUUGAGCCACCGAUCUACUUGGGAGGGCUGCCAGCACUGAAACGACAGAUUAUGCCAGUGAACAGUUUCAAAGGUUGCCUUAGGAAUUUCAAGAUGAACGGAAAAGUCAUGAAUACGCCUCAGCAAAAAAAUGGUGUGCUUCCAUGUCUGGAUGUUCCCAUGGAGACUGGGAUUUAUUUCUUUAAUGAAGGAGGAUAUAUCACCAUUGAUAAUUUGGUGAUGGGCUUGGAUAUUAGGAUUGUAUUUACUGUUCGACCAAGGAGCGCAACAAGUGUACUGCUCCAUUCUGGAAGCAAGCGAGACAACUACUUGACUGUUUACCUAGAAGGAGGAAAGCUCAUUGCUGCUGGAAAUAAUGGGGCUGGAGAGUUCCAGACAUCAGUCACACCUAAGCAUUCUUUGUGUAAUGGCCAGUGGCAUACAAUUGCAGUCUCUCAGAAGGAGAACACCAUGCAGCUAGAGGUAGGCGCACAGAGCAACUAUACCACUGGACUUCCACCCUUUAUUCCUAGACACAUGCGUCAGCCACUCUACUUCGGCAGAAUUCCAGCAUAUUUGGCCACACCAUGGCUUCCAGUUAAAGAUCCAUUUUUUGGCUGUCUUCGGAAUAUUAGCAUAAAUGACAAACCUGUCUCCACCAAAAAAAUUUCAGAGGUUCAUGGUGCAGUGAGUUUGCAUGGAUGCCCUGCCAAGUAACUUUGCUGUUACACUACUUGUACACUCAUCAGAUUGGAUCUGCUGAAGUACUUUAUGAAUUCAUGUAAUGUGGGUUCCCUUUUUCCUGAUCACUGUGUCACUGUCAUCAGGCUGGUUAUGCAGAAUGGCUGGUGAGCAAAGGCAUCCUCUGGACCUGGACUGUGCCAGAGCAAACUGAAAGGAUUGGAUUUGAUAAACUCCCUGUUAAAUGUUAUUGAUUUCCAAGGUAAUCCAUUGUGUCUUUUGAAAACAGAUGCAUAAAAUAUAAAACAGGAUUGUAUAUACACCUACUGGGCCAAAUUUUGCUCUCACCCAUAACAGCACAGUAUUGAGUCACUCCCGUGUCUUAAUUUUGGAAAUUUGCCUUAAUGCUGGUCAUCUUGUGAGCAAAUUUGAUCCACUAAUAUAAAGAAUUUUUAUAAAAAUAUAAAUUUCUUUGGAUUGAUGAACAAAAUGUUUAUACAGAAAUGUACAUUAGUGUUAAAAGUUAUAAUAAUAAUAUAAAUGGAGUUUGAAGCACUUUAAGGAGUGAAACUCUGGGAGUUUGUUACAAUGUUAGGAAUUUGGGGGCCAAAUAAAUACAGUAUGUUCUGUAAACUGUCCAUUUUCUUCUUUCGUUAUUUUAAUUUGGUUUCUCUUUUAUGUACUUUUUACAGGCAACUAAAUCCUGCUUACUUUAUGCAAAUAUUUCUGUAACUUUAAAAAGUUCAUUUGCCUGAGUAAGCAGGAGUCUAUCAUCUAUGCUUAUUAGAAUUUGGCUAUACAAAAACCGCUGAAAGAGAAUAAUUUUCCUUUGUAAGCUUCAGAGCCAUGAUCAUGACCCAUGGUCGAAAGAACACAGCUUUAUUGCUUUCUUUUUCUGGACAAAGGGCUGGCCCGAGUAGAUCUGACAUGGCUUCUCCUCCCACUGUCCUUCAGAAGCAGCCUUUUCAUUCUAUUGCUUUUUUUUUUUUUUUUUCAUUCCCUGAUGCCAUCUCUGUUUUAAAAUUAAAGCUUUUUCUACAGCUGGCCACUAGGCGGGAGAAGAUGGCAGACCAGCCAUGGCAGACCUCCCUUCCCACCGAUUCCCAUAUUGGCUCCUGUUUGCUCCCUUCUUGCCGGUUCCUCUUUGCCCAAAGUUCAGGAGCUUACUCUCAGUGUGUGUUUGGAAGGAGAUGCUAGCUGGAUUAGUAGAAGAAGAUGCUAGAUCAAUAGUCCUUAUGGCUUUGGUCAUUAAUUCCUUAUAAAAUCUUGCAGUGUCAGGUCUCGUGAUGGCAAAACGGCAGGAAAGGUGGUCACACCAAACCUUUAGUUGCUUCUUCUUUUUGGGCCAUUCUCUUACAGGCUGAUCUGUCCCUUUCUUUGUCCACGUGGAGGUCUCCUGGCCGUAAAACUGAUGUUGGGGGAACGGAACAUGGUGAAACUGCACUGGGGUGAGGCCUGGUGGGAAUAAACGAUGGGCACCUAACGGCCAACCCCCUCUCGCUGGAGAUCCACUCCAGAAACUGCUUUUCCUGCAUGGCUGCCUGCCCCUCUGGAAAAUAACACCCAUCUAGCUAGAGGCCAUGUCUUUGGAAAGGAUCUUGUCAGAUAGCAACAACUGAACCCUCUCCAUGCUUAAUGCUCCCUGCCUUUGAAGUACUGCCAAAUAUUCAGGUGACGAAAACUGUUGAAAUACUCAACUGAUUUAUUGGCCUUAACUGACACUGACAACUCCUAUGAGGGGAAAGGAAGAAUAGUUAAAUAAACUUUAUCAAGCCAUUCUCUAGUAAACAUUUCAGUGACCUUUUCCUAGUCACAAAAAAGCCUUUUCCCUUUUCCCUUCCGCUCCUCAGAAAAAACAAGCAUGGCAAAGGUUUUGCAUCCAAAGGUGGAGCCUGUCCUAGAUUUCAGUUCCCUUCCAUUUGAAUUUAUUUUAUCAGAAGUAGUUUUAGUGCUGACUGGAAAGAAAUGAAAAAAUAUAUGAAGACCCGAGUAAAUGUGUGUAAUAAUGAUGAGUAAGCAUUAACUCCAGUGCAAUCCUAAUACAUAACAAAAAAGUGUUGAAAAGUCUCUCUUUUAAGUUUGGUUUCUUUUCUUUCGGUUUCUUCAGUCGUAUUGUUUCCAUAGAGUUGUUGAGACAAUGCAUAAAGCCACCUAGAGUUUUGGGUUUUGUGCUUAAACAUGGAUGAAUCUACAUCAGGCCAAUAAACACUUCCUAAAAUGCUUUUCAAUCCGAAAAAAGCCAGUACCAUAACCUUUACAUGAGGAAAUAAGUUGUCCUGUUUAGAUUAGUCUGAUAAAGAAUUAUGACUUGAAGAAAACCACAUGGACACUGAACUAUAUUUCAUGCAUGGUCUGCUCUGUACUUAGAAUAUUCUGAAUUUUCUCACUUGGGAAACAUCUACUAGAAAACAAGUGCCUGAAUUUUCAAGUAUUUCAAGUCAUGAAUGGCAGACAUAAUUUCAACUGUAAAGAGUCUUUCCAUUCAAGUUCACCAAGAAAGGUAUUUGUUAAAGGGAAAAUAAACAGUUCCCCCCCAAUACAUUUUAUAACAGACCAAAAGUGAACAAAUCCUGUAGUAAGAUGAAAAGUUAAGUGAAUAAAUAGCAAUGAUGUGAGGUAAAUACCCUGUCGUGAGUUCUUAUUGUUAUGAGUAGUAUUUCCUAGGCUUUCGUCAUUGUAGUGCUGGCAUUUGGCAGUAACUUCCAUGAUUAUUUACCUCCUUUGACUGUUUCAGAUGGACCUCCAAAUCUAUCCAUUCCUGGAUCAUAACAAUAUUAAAUUAACUUUCCAUGAGAAGAAGCUUUACCUGUAAUUUUUUAUUCUGUAGUCUGCUUUAUUAUUUGCUAUUCAGGCCUUACAGUAAUGCUAAUAUUUUCAACAGUAAAACCUCUCAACUUUGGCCAUCCUUUCUCAGCCUGCAUUACUGCUCAUUGCUUACGUUCAAAGGUGCAAAGGUAUCACAGCUCGCAUUUUGAAACAGUGUCAUUCACCUUAUAAUUAGAAGUAGUAACCAAAGACAUGCCUGUGUUAAUGUCUGUUGGUUAACUUUUGCUAUUUUGUUUGCACAUCUUUAAAGUCAAGCUUCUGAGAAAAGUUUUGAAAAGUUUAAUGAAAAAGUUUCAAAUAUAGUGUUCAAUAAGCAGAGAGUGCAUCGCUGAAUAAUCAUGCUCUUUAACAGUAUGCUUAGAUUGUCAUAAAUGGCUCAUUUUGAUCCCAAAUCAAUUAUAUAAGGAAGAAGAUUUUCUUUCUAGACCAAACCACAUUUGUUUUUAAUUGCCAAGCCUCCCUCUUGUCUGUUUAAGUAUCAAGGGCAAAGAGUUCUUCAGUUAAUUUGGAUUAGUUUUAGUAGGAUCAUGAUUUGAGGUGGAUGACACCAAGGUCCACGAGUUCCCAUUUAUUAUAUCAACAAAGCACAGCCAGAUUAUAAUGGGAGCUGCAAGACGGUUAAUAAGCCUAACACUGAGAAUUGCAGGCAAAUAAAAUUAAAUAGAUCACAGGCAUUGUAGAAAGAAAUACACAAUUACUGUGAAAAGCAGUAGAAUUCAUAGGUAUAUGUAUAUGCAAGGAAAACAUUUUUCAUUUUACUUUCUGCUUCUAAAUGAUACUGGUACUUAAGUCUCUAACAACAAAAGCUUCCAAGUAAAACUUCUUCACAGUCUUCCCUUACCUGUGCUUGAAGGUCUGUGCUUUGGUUACUAGGGAGCUUUCAUGUAAAUACAGAGCCCUCCUCCUUUCAUUUCUUUCAGCAGUAAAAUGAAUUGGGUGGGUCAGCUUUCUCCAGUUUUGUAACCACUUCUCUGGGUUCAUCUGUGAGUGGUUUCAUUUUAGCCCUUCCUCCUGCUAGGAGCCUUGGAUCUUCUGGAGUCUUCAGUGCAAUAUUUGUUUUUGCGCUCCCCUUUGUUUCCUUUGUAUCCCUCAUAAAAUAGCAGAGUAGCCUGAAUAAUGUGGUCUCACUGAAUACUCUGUAAUGCAUGAUGGCUUUAUAAUGAACUCUUGCUAUGCUUUUUGUCUCUUACUAUUUUCUUUGUGGUUUCCUCAUUUUAAAAACUGCUGCAUCUUUCUCCAAUGCUUCAAGGAAACUCGGGGCACAAUGGUCCAGUCUCCUGUAAAUCUGUCUGUAUUUUCUAAAAAUACAUUAAAUGGAUGUUCCUGGCAAAAGAAACCGCUUUUUGUUAAAUGGGAUAGUGCCACCAUACAAUCUUACAGCUUCCCUCAAGGCAUUAAGACUGGAAGGCACAAGCAUAAACCGGCUUUGUGCAGCUGGCUCAAACACUGCAAAACUGCAAGAGGUUGGUCAUUGCCAGAGCUGCAGUGAAGCAUCCUCUGACUAUGAAGAACUGAAAGCAAGAUACCCAGUGCGUCUUUAUUUUCUCUGUGUCGAUAUUUGGUUUCAGAGGAUCUCAAACUCUGACCUGUGUGCAUAUCAUGCUGUGUCUCCAGGUUUGCAGCUGAUAGCAUUCAAAAUGUAUAAGAUAUUUUUAAAACACACUCCUAGCACUGCUUUGCACCUCAGCCAGUGACUCUGUUUCCUACAGGUUGUUCUGAAUGUGAAGCACAUGUGAAAUGUUCAUGCGACACAGUUUCUUUGUUAAGCUGUCACCUGCUCCUUGAUAGAGACGGAGCACUGCCGCAUUAUUGCACAGAAUAAAAAGACAGAG